CCAGCUUCCACUGCCCGUGCUCCUUGCUGCCCGCGGCGUCUCCUCCCUACUUCGCCGCUUUGCCGGUCGCCCGUCACGUCACGUCGAGCCACGCUACGCCACGCCACUCAGGCGAGCCUCUCUACCUUGCUGUCCCGGGGGGUGCAUAACUAUCUGUAAUCAUGAGCAAUCCUUUUAUACACCUUGCUGAGCCCUUGGAUCCCAAGGAACCAGAAAAAAAGUUCUUCAAUUUGAAUAAGCUGGAAGAUUCAAGAUAUAGACGCUUACCAUUUUCUAUCAGAGUUCUCCUAGAGGCAGCCAUCCGGAACUGUGAUGAGUUCUUAGUGAAGAAAGCUGACAUUGAAAACAUUUUAAAUUGGAAGGUGACACAACAUGAGAAUAUAGAAGUACCAUUUAAGCCUGCCCGAGUUAUUCUGCAGGACUUUACGGGUGUGCCUGCAGUGGUUGAUUUUGCAGCAAUGCGUGAUGCUGUGAAAAAGUUAGGAGGAGACCCUGAGAAAAUCAACCCCAUUUGUCCUGCUGAUCUAGUCAUUGAUCAUUCCAUCCAGGUUGAUUUCAACAGAAGUGCAGAUAGUUUACAGAAGAACCAAGACCUGGAAUUUGAAAGAAAUAGAGAACGAUUUGAAUUUUUAAAGUGGGGCUCCCAAGCUUUUUACAACAUGAGGAUUAUUCCCCCUGGUUCAGGGAUUAUCCACCAGGUGAAUUUAGAGUACUUGGCAAGAGUUGUAUUUGAUCAUAAUGGGUACUACUAUCCAGACAGCCUGGUGGGCACUGAUUCACAUACCACAAUGAUCGAUGGUUUGGGUGUUCUAGGUUGGGGUGUGGGUGGAAUAGAAGCAGAAGCUGUCAUGCUGGGACAGCCAAUCAGCAUGGUGCUUCCUCAAGUGUUUGGUUACAAACUAGAGGGAAAUCCUGAUCCUCUGGUAACUUCCACAGAUAUAGUGCUGACAAUCACCAAGCACCUUCGCCAAGUUGGCGUUGUGGGAAAAUUUGUUGAAUUCUUUGGACCAGGGGUAGCCCAGCUAUCCAUUGCCGACCGAGCCACCAUUGCCAACAUGUGUCCAGAGUAUGGUGCAACUGCUGCAUUUUUCCCAGUGGAUGAAAUUAGUAUCAAUUACCUCAUCCAAACAGGUCGUGAUGAAAAAAACGUUAAAGCUAUUCAGAAGUACCUUCAAAGUGUAGGAAUGUUCAGAAACUUCAGUGAUUCAUCUCAAGAUCCAGAUUUUACUCAGAUUGUGGAAUUAGAUUUGAAAACUGUGGUACCCUGCUGCAGUGGACCCAAAAGACCUCAAGAUAAAGUAGCAGUGUCUGAAAUGAAAAAAGACUUUGAGAGCUGCCUGGGAGCCAAGCAAGGAUUUAAAGGAUUUCAAGUGCCUCCGGAACGUCAUAAGGAUGAUGUGAAAUUUGUGUAUGAUAAUAGUGAAUUUACGCUGACCCAUGGUUCUGUCGUUAUUGCUGCUAUCACCAGCUGUACCAACACUAGUAACCCUUCUGUGAUGUUAGGGGCAGGAUUAUUAGCAAAAAAAGCUGUUGAGGCCGGUCUUCAAGUGAAACCUUACAUUAAAACUAGUUUAUCCCCUGGAAGUGGGGUAGUCACCUAUUAUUUAAGGGAUAGUGGAGUUAUGCCAUAUCUGUCUAAGCUUGGGUUUGAGGUUGUGGGAUAUGGCUGCAUGACCUGCAUUGGGAACAGUGGGCCCCUGCCUGAGCCAGUGGUGGAAGCCAUUACAAAGGGCGAUCUUGUUGCAGUGGGUGUACUCUCUGGAAACAGGAAUUUUGAGGGUCGUGUCCAUCCCAAUACUCGGGCUAAUUAUCUAGCUUCUCCUCCAUUAGUAAUAGCAUAUGCAAUUGCUGGAACGAUAAGGAUUGACUUUGAGAAAGAACCAUUGGGAAUAAAUUCAAAGGGACAGAAAGUUUUUCUGAAGGACAUAUGGCCAACUAGAGAGGAGAUUCAGGCUGUUGAGCGUCAAUAUGUUAUCCCUGGGAUGUUUAAGGAGGUCUACCAGAAAAUAGAGACAGUGAAUGAAAGCUGGAAUGCCUUAAAGGCUCCAUCAGAUAAACUAUAUUCCUGGAACCCCAAGUCUACAUACAUUAAGUCUCCACCCUUCUUUGAAAACCUGACUCAAGAACCUCCACCUCUUAAAUCUAUAACAGAUGCCUACGUCUUAUUAAAUCUGGGAGAUUCAGUAACAACUGAUCAUAUUUCUCCAGCUGGAAAUAUUGCAAGAAAUAGUCCUGCUGCUCGAUACUUAACCAAUAGAGGCUUGACUCCCAGAGAUUUCAACUCCUAUGGUUCCCGAAGAGGCAAUGAUGCUGUCAUGGCUCGAGGAACAUUUGCUAAUAUUCGUUUGUUAAACAAAUUUUUGAAUAAACAAGCACCACAGACCAUACACCUGCCUUCUGGUGAAACUCUUGAUGUGUUUGAUGCUGCUGAUCGCUACCAGAAGGCAGGUCUCCCUCUGAUUGUACUAGCUGGAAAAGAGUAUGGAUCUGGAAGUUCUCGAGACUGGGCGGCCAAGGGCCCUUUUCUGUUGGGAAUCAAAGCUGUGCUAGCUGAGAGUUAUGAACGAAUUCACCGCAGCAACCUCGUAGGGAUGGGAGUCAUCCCUCUGGAAUAUCUCCCUGGAGAGAAUGCGAACACACUGGGACUCACAGGGCAGGAGCGUUACACUAUCGUCAUUCCAGAAAACCUCAAGCCACAAAUGAAAAUCCAGAUUCAGCUGGAUACAGGGAAGAACUUCCAGGCUGUCCUGAGGCUUGACACAGAUGUGGAGCUCACUUAUUUCCGCAAUGGGGGAAUCCUCAACUACAUGAUUCGUAAGAUGGCCAAGUAGGCUUGUGCUCCCAUCAAGACUCAUCUCUUUUGAUCAGGACAAAAACACACCAUAAUCACUGGCCCUAGAUGCAUUAUAAACCCUAACAUGAAUAGUGCCUCCUGAUGGAGCAUACUUUUUUUGGAGUUUAUGACACUGUGUUAGAGUGAGUGUGUAUUGAGAUGGUUUAUUUUGUUGUUUUUCUCAUUCUUCGAUGCACAAGAUCUGAUUCACUUAAAUUUGUUUUUCUUUUUUCAGAGCUAGUGGACAGAAUAAGUAUGAAUGAAUGUUCUUAAUGCAAGUAAGCAAAAUUGGGCUCUCUUGGAGUCCUUAUUUUUGGGUGUUUGAUUUUUGUUCUCAUUCUUUUUGUUAAUAUGGACACAUACACACACACAAGUCUCCUAGUUGUCAUGUCUUUUUUUAUUGUUCCUACCUGGAACUGGAUUCUUCUUCACAGGCAUUUGGUUUUUAGGUGGUAUCCUCCUUUGCAGUAUGUUUUAUCAGCAUUAUUAACUGAUCAUAAACAAAAGACAAAUUUUCACCUUUGGAAUCCCAAUGAUUAUUUUGAUUUCACUCUUUUUCUGUAGCUCCUUUACCCUCAUCCCUCAACAGGCUUGUAAAAUCAGGAGAUUAGAACAUCUCUUUGACAGAUCUGACUUUGAAAUGGGAUUUUUACAGAUUAAACACACACACACACACACACAGUGAACUUUUCUAUCUUUUCCUCCAGAAGCUCUGUUUUGCAUUUUGUAAGAAUGAGGAUUGAUGUAUGUUGAAGUGGGUAUAUAAAUGUUAAUGAGAUGGGGGGAUGCUGAGAGAGUGGUUAGGAUGGAAAUAAAAAGUUUCUAACUUGAAUAAGAUUAAAUCUAUUUUCAAAAAAAAA